AGACCAGUGUUAUCUGUUUUCCCUGUAGUCAUGGGCCGUGUGAUCAGUACGGGGCUGAAUCUGGUCUCAACAUCCAGCUCGGCCCGCCUGGAUGAGAGUCUGGCCAGCGCUGUGAGGCGAACAGUGGAGCUGGCCAACAGCCAGGAGAUCUCUCCCAGAGAGAGGCUCCAUGUCAAGGCAAUGGAGCUCUUUUCACAUGGUAAUUUUCCGAAGGCCUGCGAACUAUGGGAAGACAUUCUGAUCGAUCACCCCACUGACAUGCUGGCUCUAAAGUUUGUUCAGGAUGCUUACUUCUACAUGGGGGCCCAGCUCCAGCUCAGGGACUCUGUGGCCCGGGUGCUGCCCUACUGGAAACCUCACAUGCCUUUGUUCAGCUAUCUGAAUGGAAUGUAUUCGUUUGGUCUCAUGGAAUGUCGCCUCUAUGACCAGGCAGAGAAAGUGGCCAUGGAGGGCCUGGCGAUGGCUCCAGGUGACGCCUGGUCGGUUCACUCUGUAGCCCACGUUUACGAGAUGACAGCACAGGUGGACAAAGGCUUGAAGUUCAUGGAGAGCAGAGAGAAAGACUGGCAGGUAUCUGACGUGCUGGCCAGUCAUAACUACUGGCACUGGGCUCUAUGCUUCAUCGAGAAGGGGCAAUACGAAGCCGCUCUGGAGAUAUUCGAUUCUCAGGUAUUCAGACGUUGUAAAGCCACAGGAUCCAUGUUGGAAGCUGUCGAUGCCUCUUCCAUGCUCUACAGACUGGAACUGGAGGGUAAGAUACGGGCUGAUAUGGGAAUAGAGCCAGGGGUCAAUCUGCAACAUCAGAUGGGACGGACAAUCGGUGUACCCAUGUGUCAGGCCAUGAUGGAGUACGACCGGGGCAACUACAAUCGCACCGUGGACCUUCUGUUGCCGAUACGCUACCGCCUGGUCAAUAUGGGUGGCAGCGAUGCACAGAGGGAUGUCUUCAAUCAACUGCUUAUUCAUGCAGCCAUGAAAUCGGAGGAUAAGCACCAUCAGAAACUUGGAAGAGGUCUUCUGGUGGAGCGCGAAGCCAUGAGGCCAAACUCCCCAAUGACGGAUCGUCUGAUGCAGAGAGCUCUGGCCCUUCACAUCUAGACGGAUCAAGAUGAGCAUGGCAGUUCCCAACGUGCACAACACAUAAAGCAACAUAUGAAUCUGAUCUCCAAUGGUUAGCUUAAGGAAACUCUUAAUUAAGCUUGAUUAAGCUUUAUAACACAUUUCUUAAGUUUACGAGCUUAUAUAAAACAAAGUUGCUAAUUUGCAUGAUCAAUAGCCUUAUAUCCUCUGAGAUGAUUAUGUUAUCUCUCUAAUCAAUACUGAUCUGUUUAACUAACCUGGUUUUAUAUUUUAUAAGCAAACAUUACAUUUACAAGUUAUUCAGAAAUAUAAUCGUCAUGUGAAAGUCAAUAUAAAAAAGCAUCUUCAAAAAACCAAUAAAUAUACACUCAUUUGCA